AUGAUCAAGAAGAGCGAGCGCACGUCCACACCAGAGUACUUGGCACAGCCCAUCUUUCGACCAAACAGCGCCGCGCUCGAUCGUUUUGGCAACAAGUCGAUGGUAGACUACGAAGACAAAGUUCCCGUGGGCGUGUUUCCCGGGACUAUCCAUGUUGUGUCGACCGUCGAAGACGAGAUGCACCACCGCGUCGCGCUAGAAAGCAUGUCCGUUGUCGGCAUCGACUGCGAGACGAAGCCCAGUUUAUUUCGGCACCAUGCAUCCAGUCCGAUUGCGUUGGUCCAACUGGCGAGCCACGACACCGCGUUGCUGUAUCGGGUGCGGUGGAGUGGCACGUGGAAUCCAACGUUGGAGUUUCCGGGGCUGCAGCACGUCCUGGCCAACAAGGACACGAUCAAGGUCGGCCAUGGCUGUGCCCUCGACUUCAAAUCGUUGCGCGACUGCCGCAUGGCAUCGCAUAUAGUCAACACGGUCGACACGCUCCCCGUGGCGACCAAGAUCGGAUGCCUCAAGCCCAACCUCCGCGCGCUCGGGAUGAUCUGGCACAAUAUCCAGAUCUCCAAGGCCAUGCAGACGUCCAACUGGGAAGCGCCACACUUGACGACGGACCAACUCGAAUACGCCGCCACCGAUGCAUGGCUGGCGCGCCAAGGUACGUUCUUGGCGACACAAGUUGGUCGAGGAUGA